AUGUCUGGUUGGUCAGCUGAAAAUGCCAAGAGAGCUUAUCUCCAGGCACUCAAAAUGGCCAAAAGAGGUAAAGAACCUGAUGUAGCAGAGUUCAUAUCAGCUCUGGCAGCAGGCAAGAAUGCGCAACUCUUGGUGGUGGCUGGCGCCGGCGUAGCCGGUUCCACCACGCUAGCAAUGGCUGCAGCUGCUCAUCAAACUGGUGGCCGUGUGGUAUGCAUUUCUUGUGGGAAAAGUGAAUUACAAGCAUCAAAAAAGGCUAUAGGAGUUUAUGGAGAUUGUGUUGAGUUUGUUGUGGGAGAUGCUAAAAGCCUUCUUAUGAGUGAUUACAAAGGAGCUGAUUUUGUGCUUGUAGAUUGUGAUAUCACUAAUGCAAGGGAAGUUUUUCUAGCAGCAGUUAAAGGUGCCAAUACAGAUGGGGCACUUGUGGUUGGAUAUAAUGUCAGGCAUAGGGUCUCACUAUGGAGAAAACUGAGAGCAUCAUUUUUACCUAUUGGAGAAGGGUUGCUGGUGACCAAAAUAGAUCCAUAUAUGAAGGGUAAUGAUGAUAAAAAGGUUGUCCAAAGAAGGAGGAGUCGUUGGAUUGUUCAAGUAGAUAACUGCACUGGAGAGGAACAUAUUUUUAGGAUCACCUCUCCAUAUAGGAAAGAGCAGAUUGAAGUUUAA